AUGGCAGUGUCCGCGCUCGGUUGUGCGCUUGCGUUGGUAUUCCUGUUCUGCGUCGCUAAGGCCGAUGACACCUACAGUGUACCUGAAGUCACCAUACAAGCGUUCAAGCCUAAAGGAUUCCGAGCUUCUAUACCAGAUGCCCCGAACCUAGCCCUCUUCGUAUUCCAAGGCAAUAUUAACAGAAAAAUCGAGCCGACACAAGUGGGUGAACUCCAUGGAGAGGUGGUGUCACCUAAAAAUGGGAGGUGGGUGGUGGAGCUUCCAGACGUCGCGCUGGCGGUGGGCGAUGUGAUAAACUACCAUGUCUUCGCGUCUGUCAGGAGUGCUGCCUAUGUGAAGGAUAAACUGACGUUUACUGUCACCAAACUGGAAGACUAUGCGCCGCUUGAGGCCCCAACAACGACCCCCAAUAAUCCGAACUGCGCGCCGACUCCUACUCGGGUGCGCGGGGGCGUCGCCUGCGCAGGACAGACCAUCUUUGAGGAGAACUUCAAUUCAUUAAGAACAGAUGUAUGGCAGGUGCAGCAAUAUGUUCCUGUGGAUCAUUCUGAACAUCCCUUCGUAUCAUAUCAACGUUCUGCAGUCUCCGUACAGAAUGGGAACCUGCGUAUCGUCCCAUCGCUGCAGCAGAACCAGCUAGGGUUCACGGCUGACAGCAUGCUGGACUCCCUGGAUUUGUACAAAGGAUGUACAUCAGAAACGUCAGGCGCCUGCUUCGUCCAAGCCAAUGAUGGCAGCGGCAUCAUACCGCCCGUGGUGAGCGGUCGCAUCACCAGCAAGUCCGGGUUCGCGUUCACGUACGGAACCGUCACUGUGAGGGCCAAACUUCCGCAGGGAGACUGGCUGUACCCAGAGAUCUUACUGGAACCGUUGCUGAAGAAGUUUGUCUUCGGCAGCGUGAACUCGGGAGUUCUGAAGAUAGCGUGUGCAAGAGGCAACAACGAGCUAAAUACCAGAUCCACUAACUAUGGAAAUAAAGUGUUAUACAGCGGACCCGUCAUUGAUUCUUCGUGUCAUGAUACAUUACUUGUUAAGAAGAAUUCAAAUACCUUCUGGGGUGACGGCUACCACGACUAUUCUGUUAAGUGGACUCCAGAGCGUUUGAUAUUGUCCGUGGACGGACUGGAGUAUGGCCGGGUGGAAGCAGCAUCGAACGGGCUGCGGGGACUACUACCAGCCUCUUGUGCCGCUGUACAACAAACUGGGAUGGCACCCUUUGAUGAUCACUUCUACAUAACCCUCGGCUUGGCUGCAGGCGGUCAUACAGAAUUCCCUGACGGUUCCUUAUCACAGAACAACCAUGAGAAACCCUGGAAGAAUCAGGCUUCGAAGGCGGCUCUCCGGUUUUGGAACGACGUAGACGCGUGGAAAGCGACCUGGCGGCAACCAGAGCUGCUGGUUGACUAUGUCAAAGUGGUUGCCCUGUAAUUGUGUGUUGUGGUGACAGGGAUUGUAAGGGAACCUUUGAACAUGUGAUUUACCAAAUUGUCUAGAAAGUUCGAGAUGGAAUCUCACAACGUCCAAG